AUGCCGGCCCUCUUCAAGGGCCUCCCCGCAUCGUCCCUUCGCAUCAUUGCCUUCCUUAUCUCCGUCAAUGUCGUUCUCUGGAUCAUUGCCGCCAUCAUACUCGCGGCACAUCCUUCGCUUCUUUCUGCCGCCGCCCUCGCGUAUGUCCUGGGACUUCGCCAUGCCCUUGACGCUGAUCACAUCUCCGCAAUCGACCUUAUGACGCGUCGUCUCAUCGCUUCGGGCCAGCGGCCUGUUUCAGUCGGGACCUUCUUCUCCCUCGGCCACAGCACCGUUGUUAUCGUAACCUGUGUUGUCGUUGCCGCCACUAGCGGAGCUUUGCGGGACCGCUUUGAUGGCCUCGCACGUGUUGGUAACAUCGUUGGCACUGCCGUGAGCGCCACCUUCCUGCUCCUGCUUUGCGCGGGUAACGGCUGGGUGCUGUACCGGCUCAUCCAGCAACUCCAUGAGAGGCUAGAAGAAGAGAGGGCCACGGCGGUUCCAGAUGCGAACAGCGGGAACGAAGACGAGCCUGUCGACGAUGCGGUGCAGAAUUUGCGGCUGGAAGGGGAAGGCUUCCUGGCCACCCUCUUUCGCAGGGUCUUCCGAAUUGUUGACAGACCGUGGAAGAUGUUUCCUCUGGGCAUCUUGUUCGGACUUGGUUUCGACACGAGCUCCGAGAUUGCUAUUCUCGGCCUCUCGAGCGUACAUGGAGCCCAAGCGGGAAUGUGCAUGCUUGAUACGACAGACGGUGCCCUCAUGAUGGCUCUUUACACCAACAAGGCCUUCUUCAAAGAUCAUGUCGCCAUCCUCUACUAUUCAAUUGUUCUCACAGGCAUCACCGUCUUCGUCUCGGCCUUUAUUGGUCUCGUGCAGCUAUUCACCCUCAUCCAAAAUAUAGGCAAUCUCGAGGGAGGAUUUUGGGACGCAAUCGAAGCCAUCGGCGACAACUUUGACGUCAUUGGUGCGUGCAUUUGCGGGUUGUUCGUUAUCAUCGGCAUAGGAUCUAUCGUGGUGUACCGUCCCUGGCGCAGGAGGGCCAACCGACAGGGCCGCCUGCAAGCUGUCCCAACUCCCAGCGACGACGAUGAAGACGCAGGCGGGAGGCGGCAUUCGGAGGAGCCACUACUGGGAAAUCAAUAG